CUAAUGGCCUUUAUUAAAGGAGUGACUACAAACAGAACUGCAGUUUUUGGACCAUAAGCAGAUCUUAUGAGAUGGAGUCAUUUUCUUCACUUGAACCAUGAGAUCUGCUGUUUGAAUGACAUUUGCAUUAAAAGAAUUUCCACCUGAACUCGUCUUUUUAAUUAGAAGAUGUUUUGUGGCAUUUAAGAAAUUUUCAAAUGAAUUUCUGCCAUUACAAUCUAUCUGCUGAUAGAUUCUUCUGGAACUAAAGAGAGUGAUGCAGCAGAGCUUUAUUCUGUCCGAACGACACCGUACGCUCUUCGUCUCUUCGAUCUGACGGAGCUGAAUCUCUUCCAUAACUCUGUCGUAUAGUUCUGUCCGCAUCUUGUGACCUGGAGCAAUUCCAGGUUAGAUUUAUUAUUAAUCCAACUGUGAACUUUGCUGGAAACUGGUGAGAAAGAAGAACUGAAUGUCGCUCACUGGACUCUCACUUGCUUGAAGCUGUAAUGCUUUUUAUGUCCCUCUGAUCUGACGCACAGUUCCGUUCAUUGGUGAUUCCUCUGUGAUCAUCCAGAGGUGCCUGGAGACUGCGUCGGUGGGCGGCCCAGGGACCCUGAGAGCAGGCAGAGAGAGUGACACCUGAAAGCCCCUCCCCUCCACCUCAGCCAAGCCCCCUAUUCCACCAAUACCACCAUCAACAUGGCCAGGGAACAGUUCAACAUGGGUGACCUGCUCCCUCUCUUGGAGACCUCUGAUCUUCAGCAUCUGGAGGAAAUCAAAGGUCUCAUCAACGAACACCUCAGUACAGAACGAGGGUCGAUGCUCCUAAAUGGCUUGGUGGAUUAUUUCCUAGAGACCAACUCGAGUCCAGCGCUGCAUAUUCUGUGUUCAGUGAGGGAGCCACAUGACAAGCACCUUUUCGAUAAGAUGAACGAGUGCAUGGCAAAGCCGGCAUGUCGUCUACCGACUCUCAACCUUCUGGGCCACGUGGUGCGCAAACAGCCGUCCUGGAUUCACAAGAUCGCCCGCUACCCUCUGCUGCUCUCGCUGCUCAAGUGUCUCAAGACGGACACAGACGUUGUGGUUCUUAUAACCGGAGUGCUGGUGCUUGUCACCCUGUUACCCAUGAUCCCUCAGGCAGGGAAGCAGCAUCUGUAUGAGUUUUUUGAUGUUUUUGGACGCCUGGCUGCCUGGAACCUGCGGAACCCAGGCCACGUUUCGGAGGUGUUCCUGAUCCACCUGCACGCCAGCGUCUACUCACUCUUCCACCGCCUGUAUGGCAUGUACCCCUGCAACUUCAUCUCAUACCUGCGCUCUCACUGCAGCAUGAAGGAGAACAUGGACACGUUCGAGGAGGUGGUUAAGCCGAUGCUGGAACACGUUCGUAUACACCCUGAAUUAGUGACUGGAACUAAGGACCAUGAGCUGGACCCAACUCGAUGGAAAAGGUUUGAGAUCCAUGAUAUUGUGAUUGAAUGUGCCAAAGUGUCUCUGGACCCUCGGGAGGCGUCCUGUGAAGAGGGCUAUGCCACCCAACCUGAGCACUUCUGUGCCAACCUGCACAUGCGUGCCCCUGAUUGCACUGCCAGUCCUUACACUGACCUGCACAGCAGUUAUGGAAGCUCAUCCUCCAAUCAUUUUUCCACCCCGCGGCAGUCUGGCCUUCCUCCUCUUUCUCUGUCCUCUCUCUCAGGGACACAUCUGGCUCAUCGCAGUCCCCCCAGCACCCACCGGCCGAGCUCUACAUGCGAAUUCAACUUCAUCCAUGGCAUUAAAGACACUCUCUGGAGCCCUUCUUCCCUCUGUGGGAUGGCCACUCCACCUUCUUCAAGAGGAAUGUCACCAAACCCUGAGCUUUCCCAGAGUGCCUUUCACUUAUCUGGUCGCUCCUACAGCACACCCGGAGGUGGUAAAGGCACUCCAGCGGCAUCGUCUCCUCCUCCCGGCGUUUCAGACGAUCUACCUUCUUCCUCUAUGACCCACAGUACACCUAACCUGCAGUGGAAGGAUGGUAGACUUAUAGACCUCACCAAACCUCCCCUCCUGAGACAGGAGCAAAUCAGAGAGCUUGAGAGGUCAGGAAGCGACGUCCAGAAUCACAGAGAUGGUGCGGCUAAGAACAUGUCCAUGACGCUGACCGAGUUAUCCGACUACAUGAAGGAGCAGGAUCAGCUGCGGCUGGGCAAAGAGAGGGAGGAGGCUGCCAUCACAGAGGAGCUGAUGAAGCUGACUGAGGAGAAGCGCGAAGCAUCAGGAGCACGUGGCUUUGACUCGCCCUUUUUCCGCACCACAGAGACUCUCACUGGUGCACAAGAGAAGCCCCCAACCGCUUUCACUCACCUCCGUGACCCCCACCAUGCCGUCUCUACACCCGAUAAGAUCGACAUGCGGAUCUGGUGCAAAGGCCCAGGUAGCCGUACUGCGUCUCAGGAGCAACCGUGGUCCUUCCAGCCGCUCUUCACCCCAAUAGAUCUACGGCACCACAGCCCCAGCACAGAGGAUGAGGCUCUGAAAUCUACACCCAUCUCGCCCAGCCCGGGCAGAGCACCGUCAUCGCUGCCUUAUGAGGCUCUCUUUGACCUGGCUCUCCCUCGUACCGCUUCCCUGUUUAUGAGCCGUAGGAGCUCAGAGGCGCUGGAGAGAGCUGCGAUGCAAGGCACGGUGGGAGAGGUGGAUGAAGGCCAUGGAGUAACGUCAGCAUCUCCUCUAGAGGUGCUUGAUCGUCUGGUGCAGCAAGGCAGUGAUGCUCAUGACAGGGUACUGAAGAGGUUGCCCCUGCCAAGCAAGUCAGCUGACUGGACUCACUUCGGAGGUAAACAACAUAAUGGCUCAGCACCUCUGGAUGAACUGCAGACAUUGCGUAGUCAACUGCUGUUGCUGCAUAACCAGCUGCUGUAUGAGCGUUAUAAGCGUGAGCAGCACGCUGUGCGAAACCGCCGCCUGCUGCGCAGAAUCAUUAACGCCACCGCAUUGGAGGAACAGAAUAACGCAAUGAAGGACCAGCUGAACCUUCAGUGUGUAGAUAUCAUGUCUCUGCGUGAGAGCCUACACAUGGAACAGCAGCGCUACAGGCAGCUAAGGGACGAAAGGGAGACUACGGUCGCGUGCCUGCACAGUCAGAUCCGCCAACUUCAACACGAUCACGAUGACUACUACACCAAAUACCAGGAGUUACAGAGCGAGAUGCAAGAGUGCCAGAAGAGGAUGGGUGAGAUGGAGGCUGAGCUUCAGAAGGCGAAUAACAAGGUGUGCCAUACAGGGCACCAGCUGAAUCAGCUCACCGCCAAGUUGUCCUCGAGUGAGAGCACACAGCAGCAGUUGAGCUUCAUGAGCAGACAGUUGCUGCUGUUGGGGGAAGCCCAUAAACUGUGUGUGCAAGAGCAACAACAAGCAGGCCCAGACCUCAGCAAGGAAGUGCAGAUGGUGCAGGUGUCCUCGACGAAGGAGGUGGAGCGGCUGAAGCAGAACCUGACGCUGCAGGGUCAGAAGCUGGAUGCCGCACAACAUCGAGUAGCUGAGCUGGAGACGCAACUGUCCAAGAAAGAGCAUCUCAUCGCAGAGCAGAAGAAGUUCCUGGAGGAUGUCAAGGGACAGGCUAAGGAGGAGUUAAAGGCUUCUGAAAGUAGGUACCAAGCUCAGAGGCGUGUGACUCAGGCCUUGCAGAUGGAGCUGUUGCAGCUCUACAGCAGGCUGGAGAUGGAGGCUCCUGCUACCACCGCUGUAGCUUCAUCAGCAGGGGAUGCAACAGAGCGCUGCUGUCUCACGCAUGCCAGUGUGGCGGUGGCAUCAGGUGGACCAAUGAAAACAGUCUCUAAAGAACGCGGCAAGUCAUCACCACACAGGAACGGCUUCUCGCCAGGUCAAGCCAAAGCCGGCGUCCCCGACCCCAAGUCUAAACCCUUAAACGGCAGCCGCGCCACACCCCCACCAAUGCUGGUAGAACCGCCCCCUGCUUGCCCUGCGGUGCCCACCUCCACCCCUUCCCUCACCGUUGGCUCCUAUCCCAGUGCCAAGAGCUUCCUGGGCAUGCGAGCAAGGGAACUUUUCCGCAACAAGAGCGAGAGCCAGUGCGAUGAAGAUUACGCUCCUCGUCCACAGCUCACCGGGCUAUCACAAGGCCUGAAGACUGAUCUCUGUCUGGAGCCUUCACUAAAAACUGCAGUAAAGAUAGGUCCCACCUCCUCCAUACACGGACACGCCUCCAGCUUGGUUGCUAAAGAGCCUGACAUCUUACAGAGAGCACCAAGACGGGAAGCAGGAUGGCCGAGACAACCACAGCUACAUAUCAUGGACUAUAACGAAACUCAUCAGGAGCACAGCUAGAGAGAGAUAAGCAAGUCGCUAGUAGAUGAAAGAAGCUACAAGCUGACAUGAGAUUACACAGUCCUCUUUUUAUUUCAGUGUUCAUCCCGUUCUUUCAAGCGGACAACAGGAUUUUGGAAUUUUCAGCUUGUCUUUCUUGUCUUGUCUCCAAACCGGAUCGGGACCCAAACUCAAGUGUCUUCCUGUUUCGAGAAAAAACCUGUCUUUUUAUUUUCUCCCUCGUUAUAUUACCUUGCCUAAAAUUAGCAGCAUCAUCGAGUGCCAGUUGUUUGUGCAGUGUGGUGCGGUGUGAUAUGAGGGUAACGAGUGCCUCCACCUGGGACGGUGUGGAGAGAAAACGAUUGGUUACCAGGACCAACAGAGUGUUCUUGACCUUUUAAAGAACUUCCCCCGAAACCAGCUGAUUUUCACACAAGUGUAAAAGAAGGACAGAACUACAUUUUAUUUUUUUUUUAUAUUUACCAGAGUUUUAAAAUUAUUUAUUUUUUCCUCCAUGAUGUCCCACCAUUUGCAGAUUGUCUUCUGAUAAUCGAGAAGUACCAACAUCCACGAAAAACAAGAAACAAAGCCUGCAACUUUUAAUAAGAAAAGCAAUGCCAGUUCAGCCAAGACAACCUCUCUCUCUCUCUCUCUCUCUCUCUCUCUCUCUCUCUCUCUCUCUCUCGUUAAAUCUUUAGUUUUCUUUUCCACUGUGUGCGCUCACUACACAGGACACACUCCAUGCACAAAAGGAAGCUAUUUGAGAUUCUGCCCUUAAAAAUAUGACUCCUUGCAUCGUCUGUAAACGUUUGCGCUUUAAAAAAAUCUUUUUUAAUGAGAUUAAAGUUUUGGCACCCGUUGAUUUUUCUGGGUUGCCCUUUGCCAUUAGGACAAACUUGGCUGUAUCUCAUGCUCAGUUUUGAGGAAGACAAUUGACAAUGCAACACAUUUUAUUAACAGCAAAGUAUUUUAAUUAUUAUUUUAUUUUUUGUCUUAAACGGUACCCGGCACUAGUCAUCCGAGUCAGCAGAAUAGUAAACUCCUCGUACUCUCACGUUAUAUCGUGUGCACUAAAAAAAAACAUACAUACUUAGUAAAUAAAUCUAGUCUAGGAUUUGGUCCAUCUUGUGGAAAACCAUAACACUCCAGUAGCAUUACGGUUCAGUUAGGUCUCAUAUUUUAUUGCAGUUUUCAAAGUUAAAAUUCCGGUGGCAAAAAUAUCAGCUCACUCGUAAAUAGUUUUCAAAAUGCACACAAUUUCUAUUACAUUAUUGAGAGUUGCUAAGAAGGUGCCAGGAAAAACUAGUGCCAUAAAAAAUUGGAGUCUGAUUUUGAAGGUUCACAAAAAUCUGAAGAAAAGAAAAAAAAUCUGAAUAUUCAGAAAAAAAAGAAUAAAAAAAAAGCCAAAUGUAAUUUAUCCCAGGAUAAAUAUAAUGUAUCAGAAAUCGUUCUCUCAGAUUUCAAAUCAUUUUAGCCAAAGCAAAUCCGCGCAAAUAUGAAAGAUGCUUUACUCCGUACUGCUCCAUUUUUAGGUUUCCUGUAGUUUUGUCUCAACAAAUUCCUAUUUUCAGCCAUUUAUUACUCCAUGCCGGUAUUUUAUUGCACUACAAAAUGUAUUUAUUUAUUUUUUUCCUUUUUAAAUUCAGACUGAAGACGGUCUCGAUUAGCCACGUGCCAAGUAAGGAAUAAAACAGGUUUAUGAUGUUGGAAAAAUAAUCCCAACCUUUUUUAUUCCUUUUAUACCACAUUUGCCAACAAUCGAGUUUUUUUCCCCAAAGUCCACAGAACAAAUUAGUUCCUAUUCUCACUUACCUUAUAGCAUCUGAAAAGUCAUGAUAUAAUAAGCAGCACAGCAGAUCCUCAGUCCUGAAGACUUUACUGUGAUGGAAACUGAUACUGAUACUGGAGACUCCUUUCAUCUACUUAUUUCCAUCAUUUUUUGUUUUGUUUUGUUUUUGUUUACUUGGUUUCUGUCUUUUCUUAAAAAAAAUAUUUUUUAAAAUUAUUUAAUUAUUUCUUGCCUCUUUUUAACCUCCUUUCACAUUUAUACCUUCUUUCUUUCUUUCCGACAUGCUUCGUUUCCCCCCCCCCCAUUAUUUCAUUCUCUUUUUAUUUUUUUCUUGCUUUUGCUUCUUUGCUUUUUUCUUUCUUUAAAAAUCAUUCUCUUGUCAGAGGUUUUUCUUUUAUUGUUUUUUUUCUCCUUGCUUCUUGCCUACAAAUUAUUCCAUUCUUUCUUGCUUUCAGUCUCUUCUCUUUUCUUCUCUUCACAAUCAUUCACAAUCAAAGCUUUUCUUUUUUUAAUUUUUUUUCUUUCUCAUUUUUUCCUUAAAGUCCAAUUCUCUUAAUCUUUUCUUGCUUUUUUUGCUUUCGUGUAAUACUGUUCUCUGUUAAUGAACACUAUUCAGUUUAUUCUUCAUCUUGGAUUGUGUGGAUUGUUUCAGGUAAACCAGUUGGAACUUCAGCCAGAUUUGCUGUUACAUCAAAUUAUUCAAAACCCUUUUCCACCAAAUCUUAUUUGAGAAUUCAUUCUGAGUUGUGUUAUAAUUAUAAACUAUUUGAAUCACUGUGUAUCUGAUCAGGAUUAAAGCCUGAGUAAGUGAUGUGGCCUUCAGUGUUGCCCAGAAAUGCUGGAACACGGGGGCAUUGAUGAUAUUUUAAGGUAUCCAAGAAAAGUGUUUUGUGUUGAUUAUCAGGACAUUAUCAGGACUUUCAAUUUCUCUCUCAUCCAGUAUGAAUGAAUCGAGAGUCUUUUCUGUUUCUCUAUUCGAAGUUUGCUAAAUCAAUAAUGGCUACAGCACAGUCACGAAGGCACGGGACAGCACACGGACGUGCUCGAACACCGGGCACCGAGUCACAUCUGUAAGUGCUGCUAUUUGCUGUAGUAAUGACAUGAUGGUGGACUUCGUGCCUCUGUUUGAACUGCAGAAAUCCUGUUGUCCUCUUGACAUCUGCUGUCAUCCCUUCUGCCUUGCUAUCUAUAGCAUGUACAACUUUAAUGCCAACAGGAAGUGACACGGUGUGAUGAACGGUACAAUCAGUGAGCUGAACAAAAGCAGGCCAAUUGGACCUCCAGUGAUGGGGGAGGAAGUUUAUAAAGCAUUUGCUUGUGUUGACUGUGAAAGAUGGAAAUAAAAUCGUCAUGUUUUGCACUA